AUGGUGAUCGAGCGGUUCAAUUUCCCUACGCUGCACCAUACUCAAAAAAUGGCCGUUUACCGCAAACUCGGGUUCAUCGAAAAGUUCGAUCUACGGCAAGCCUCGAAGUAUAGCGGCGUUGGAAGCAGCAAUUUGUCGAUGAGUGAGCUCAGUAACGACAGUAAGAUGUCGCUUUCGAUUACUCAAGGUCACCCCAGUCUGCUUCUGAAAUACGACGAAUAUGUUGGCCCGGAAGACGACCUUGCGCGCAGCUACGAAGCCGAGGUGCCGAUCCCUUCGCCGGAAUUUUUGUUCGAUUUUUUGAAUCGGCUCACGCGACCCCUACCUCCACAGGCUUACGAAGUUAAGGAAUACGCUCAUACACUUCGUCCGGGCGGAGCUCGGCCGCUGGAGGCGUUGGACAUAUUUCGAGGCUCUUUCUACACGGAAUACUCGCACACAGGUCCUAGCGAAAUGGUUCCGCGCCUGCAGGCCGCCCGUCUGCGUCCUAGGCAGCCCGACCGCAUCAAGUUAAUGUUCGGCAACGGGCGCCAGAUAGAAGCUGAACCCGAGGACGGAAGCCCCGGCUAUGGUCGUGUUUUGGAAGAGGUGUUACACAUCCCGCGUGUCAACUUGAGCCUAUAUUACUGGAGAACCGAUGCCUGGGAAGAAGCUAUUGAUACACUGCUGGUGUUGCUCGACGCGGCACUGCACCGCCCAAUCGGCGAAGCGGCUCGCUUCUUGCACAUUUCCAUCGAGUUUGCCUCGUUUGACCCGCCAGGUUUGUUGGCAAAGUUCAAGCUUCCCGAUCGACUGUUCGCCUACCUUCAGCGCCCAGAUAUUCCCAGCCGUGGCGUUGUGCGAAUUUCGUCCGGCGAUGAUAUAAUUGUUCCCGAUUCGGAUACGCGGGUUGUCCAAUUUCUGGUGACAGUGGCCCAGAAUAGUGGCGACACGCAGCUGCAUGCAGAGUUACCACCUCCAUGGAUCUAUGAAGACCUAGAUUAUAAGCUGGAAUGGCCAACUGGUGGAAAC